AUGCCGCUGUCGGUAUCGAUAUUUCCACGGUCACAAUGGCUGUUAGUAUUCCUCGGAUUGGGCUUCACGAAUGUGGGACAAGUGCGAGGACAAUUUGGAGCUGUGAGAAUGGAAAAUGAGGGGAAUGUAUUGAGUCCGAGAUAUUAUAUGGGAUUGAAUGAGGGGAAGUUGUUUGAGAGAGAUACUGGUGUUUGUCCAAGUGGAUCUCAUUCUUGUUUUGAUAUCGAUGUUGCAAUAUGUUGUUCAAACACCGAAUAUUGCAUUAUAUCCCCCUCCAUAGGUCCCUCCUGCUGCGCUAUAGGCAGUAAUUGCGAUUCACCCUGUUCCUCUGCUUCCUUUCUCAGUAACAAAACCAUCACCGUUUCGUCCACCACCACCGUAACAACAACCUGUGUUCCCCGCGCAUGUCCCUCCAUCUCUAACUACCAAUGCGCUAGUUCUCUUGGCGGAGGAUGUUGCAACUAUAACGCGCAAUGCGUCUCUUCAGACGGCUCCAGUGGAUGCGCCGUCACAAUAUCUCCUUCCUCAACCCCUGCUCUCGUCUCCGUAAUCCCAUCCGGUUGCACAACCAACCAAUUCGCCUGCGCUAGUUACAUGGGUGGUGGAUGUUGCGAUAAUGGAUUUGGCUGUGCGGUUCUCAGCGGUACGAAUUACUGCGCUGCUACCACCGGCACAGGAUCCGCUAUUCGCACAGGAAGUAAUGGAAUUCUAGCCACCGGAGUCUCAGACUCCAAUGCCACAUCUAGCAAACACGGCCUCUCCACAGGCGCCAAAGCCGGCAUCGGCGUUGGAGUUGCGCUUCUCGUAUUAGUAUGUAUAGGAGCUUGUAUCUAUUUCUUCACCAUCCAUCGUCGACGAGCUCUCCAAUCCAAAUCCUCCUCUCAUCCCAAUGCGGAUAUUCCACCCGCUGCCAUGUCUCAGAUUUCCGGCUCCCGACUCUCGCAAAAAUCAGAGUCGAAAGCGGGAUCGAAAAUUUCGAGAAGACCAGGUGCAUCUCCGCAUGUGAGACAGGCAUCGGAUUAUUUUGGGACAACGGCGCCAAGCGGACCGUUUACGGAGAGCGUGGGCACGAGUCCCGGGUUUGGGAGUCAGAGAGGCGUGCCGGCGACUCCGCAGAGUCCAAAUGAUAUUGCGGCGCCGGUGGAGAUUGGGGAGAUGGAGAAGGAUAGGGAUAAGGAGGGGAAUGGGAGGAGGAGUGGAAACGCGAGUGUGGCGACGACGCCGGGUGAGGGGUGGGAGUAUGUCAAGGGUGGGAAUUUUCGGGAGGGGAUUGCGGAGUUGGAGUAA